AUGACUAGGUCAAAAACAAUAAAUGAAUUGAAGCGAAAGCUCCAAGAUAUGGAACAAAUGUUUUUGAAGCCCACUGACUACAGCAAGGUCCAUGGAACAGAUAAUAAGUAUAAGAUGAUGCAAAUGGAAGCUAUGAUAUCACAGCUGAGAGAACACAAUUCUGACCUCCAGAAAGAAAAGCUUGAACUUCAGUCAGAGCUAGACAAUAAAGAACGUAAGGAAGGUGAGCAAACAAAAAUUAUUGAGGCCAGAGAUGAUGUAAUACGAAAACUGAAGAUAAAGGAAAAGAGGCAGGCUGAAAAAAUUUCUGACUUAUCAUUUAUAAUUCAAGAGCAUGAAUCUGCUAUAUCUACAGUAACAAGAUGGCAUAUAGCUGGAGAAAGCAGUGAAAUACUGAGGAGCAGACACAUGAGAAAAUUGAUAAGAGAUUCUGCGGCACCAUUAUCGACUUGCAACUGAAGUGGCUUCCCAUUGAUACACACACUGAUGAACAACUUGUUAGAAAGCUCCUCAAGGUUGUAACAUACAGUGUGGAAGAUGACAUUAAUGUCCAUUGGUGGAGGGUUGAGGCUGCAGCACAAGCAGAUAAUGCUUGACAUACUGCUACGAUGUGUCCUUUGUUCUGACUGUGGUGGCAGGAAGACUAAUGUGUGGGGCAAUUCAGCCAUUCAUGUUGAAAAAGAGAAGCAGGAAAUGAUGGAAGGGACUUGUGGGAAACAGCCCAUCAUGGAUGUGUUUGUGUGGCAUGUAGUGCACAAAUGGGCUGUGAUUUCUGCCUCAGAGGACAUGCCCAAACAUGAGUGCCUGCAAUCAUCUGAGUUGACAGCAGGCACGUCCACCCAGGAAUCCAAAUGCUGGUCCACUAUAUGAGAAACUUCAAAUGACUGAGCAAUAGAAAGGACCUCAUCCAACAAGGGCUCGUCAAACUGUAGUACUCACUAGUUGACUUCUGUAUCAGGGGACAAUCUGAUGAUAGCAACCCAGACUAUAGUAUCAAUGUAAGGCUCCUUAUUGUUGAAAGGCAACAAAGUGGCAAUUCCAACUGGAGCCCUGCAAUUCAACAGCCUAAGUACAGUAUGACUGAUGAGGCUGGUUCAUACACUGAUAAAACUCCACCCUUGAGAAAAUAAUGUUUACGCUGCCGACAAUAAGAUGACAAAAAGGAACCCAUUUCAUCCAGUGAAAGGGAAGUGGGUUCCUGAAGUGGGUCAGCUUUCCUAACAAAAGAUACAUGAGGAGUGGAAGCCAAGAGAGAAGGAGAACCUUAACAGUAGAGGGGUCCAUUACCUGGAAGGUGGCGUAGUGUUCCCACACACUGUUCUUUUGUAUGCUCCUCCCCCUCCCCAUCCUCUGUAUACUCAUCAUAGGCAGUGAAGGGAGUUGAAUAUACUAGCAUUUGUUGAGACUUUGCCAGUAAACUGGCCAACACCCAGUCAAACACGACAGUGUGUUUCUGUUGUUGCAAUUCCAAAGGCCUCUGGCUCUCCAGCUGUUGCUGCUGCAAAGAAUGGAGCAUCACCUCCAAGGACACUCUGGAGAUCACUGACAAGUUGGCAAGAAACACAUAUGAAAAGUCCAAUCAUCUUCUCCACCACUCAUGUUGUAAUUUCACACACAAAUAAGAACACAAACAAUAUCAUGUGAACACAGUUCUGAUUGUCCAUGCAAGUCCAGAGUACAAAGCCUGGCCAAGCCCAAGACACAAACACAAUUCAUCUAGAAAGCAGAGUUCAAGUUACUGUGAGCAAAUACAAUAGUGAAAUGAUAGAGAGUCCACUCCAUUCUGGGAUUAUAUGAAAUUAGUUUGUUGCUUGGCAUCUGGGGGUGGUGCUGUCCAACAACAGUGCUUGCAGACCCGAAGAUAGUGGUGUCUUCUGAUGCUUGAUCAGUGGCCAUCAGUGGCCCGCCCCAUGCCACCUGGCACUGGCAUAGACGAGAUGAUCAUGAUUGCUCACUUCUGCGCCUCCUGAAAUGUUGCAUUAUCCAUGAUGGUAGCACCAGUACAAAAUGAGUGAUAACAUUGUGGUUACCACAGAAACAUAGCAUAAUAAAUAGGGCACAGCAUGGUUUCAGAAAAUGUCAAUCCAUAAAGACACCAGUUUCAGACUUCAUAGCAUAUGUGGUUGGGGCACUGCAAAAACAGCAACAAGUUUGCAGUCUAUUUCUCAAUGUAUCAAAGACAUCUGAUCAUGUAUGUUGUGAACUUCAUUAGAAAAAUUAAACCAUUGUGGCAUAAGAGGCAAAGUAAACAAUAUUAUCAAGGCAGUCACUGAAAAUAGGCAAAAAUGUAUAGAGAUAAAAUUUGAAAAGGGCAACAGUUUGGAAAAUUUGCUUUCAGCAUUCAGAGAGAUAAGACAUGGUGGUAUGGGCGCAUGAAUAUUUAUUCUAUAAGUAAAUGACAUGACAGAAGCUGUAAAUUACACAGUGAUCAUGUAUACUGAUAACACAUCUCUAAUAGUCACUAGUGAACCUGCAAAGGACUUUGGAAUGAGGGCAUGUGUAGAGAUGGAUGAAGCGAACAAAGAUUUUGAGGGCUACAAUCUUUUUAUAAAUGGAAAUAAAAUGACUUCCAUGAGAAUACAAGCAAGUAAGGCAGUUAAAGCAGACAAUCUUCAUAUCAAGCUUGGCGACUCUAGUGUUUCACAACAUCAUUGGCAGCAAAUUUCUGUGAUUGAUCUAGGACAGAUUCAUGACAUGGAAGACUCAUAUAGAUCAAGUAUGUUCAAAACUUCACACAAAUAUAUUUCUAAUGAUAAAAGUGUCACCAAUUGUUGAGUGUGACACUAAACUAAAGAUGUAUUAUGGUUUAAUUUAUCCACAUGUCUCUUACUGUAUACCUGUGUGAUGCAGUGCAGCUAACUGCAAAAUAAGGUUAUAAGGUGCAUUGGAAACCUAUCACCAAGGCAGUCCUAAAGGAAUAAAUUCAAAGACAUACAAAUACUGGUAGUGUCUGCUCUGUACAUAUGUGAAACAAUUAUGUUCUUAAACUGCACAGCUUUGCUGAAGAAAAAUAUAUGUAAUUACAACACUAGGCAUAAAGAUACCAGUAA